ACGUCAACACCGAAGCACGCUACACCCCCCCGCACCUAAUCUUCCCCAAUCUUUGAAAAUCGAUACACGUUACCAAACCAACCCCAAACAGAGAGAGAUCGUCAAACAAAACAAUCAAUCGAGCCACCGAUCCGCGUUAAUAAUAUUUUUAAUCAGAGAUGGAAGGAGUUGGGGCUCGACUGGGCCGAUCCUCGAGCCGCUACGGUCCAGCCACCGUCUUCACAGGUCCGGUUAGAAAGUGGAAGAAGAAGUGGAUCCACGUAACGCCGUCCACUGAUAACAACAAUAAUAACAAGCACCAUUCUAACGGAAACUCUUCUGCUAACGGUAACAGUAACGACGCCGUCUCUCAUAUCUUGCUUUACAAGUGGACGCCGAUUCGUAAAGAUCAUAACGCCUCCACUGACGACGAUACUAACGGUGAUGAUAACGGGGCUGCUGAAGAGCCCCCUCGCCGUAAGAUGAAGUAUAUUCCGAUAGCUCUAUUGGAGGAACAAAAUAAUGAGGCGCAGACUGAUGAAGCCAAACCCACUGAGAGUGACCCAGUUGCUCCAGAGGCCGAGCCAUCUUCCAAGCCUGACAUGAAUGAUGUGCCAAUGGAAGAGAAUCAGGUUUCUGAGAGUAUCCAGGCAGACAAAAGCACUGCGGGUUUAAGUUUGAAUUUAAAUGCUCGUGAUGAUGGUGACGGUGAUGGAGAUGAAGAUGAAGACGGUGAAUAGCUGCCGGAUGCAAGAUGAGUUGGCAAUUAUUUCCUAACAAAUCCCAGACAGAAUUGAUUGUGAGCUAGAUGAUUCUGGACCAUUUAAAAAGUGUGAAUGUGCACACUUCUUACAUAGAAAACUUUGAAAUUGAACAAUUUUUGACUGAUUUGAAAUGUUUCUGGACUCAGACUGGAACUUAAAAGAAUUCUGAAUGAUAGUUUCUCCUAUAUUUAACA